GAGUCCACUAAGUUGCGCGUAGUGUUUGACGGUUCAGCAGCCACUACAACUGGUUACUCGUUAAAUGAUCUAUUAAAGGUAGGACCGAGCAUACAAGAUAGUCUUUUUUCUAUUUUAGUACGAGCAAGGAAACAUAAAUACUUACUUACGGCUGAUAUAGAAAAAAUGUAUAGGCAAGUAAAUGUUAAAGAAGGUGACAAAAAUUUUCAGCUGAUACUUUGGAGGCCGAAUGAAUAUCAGCCUAUACAAACAUUAGCUUUAAAUACCCUGACAUAUGGAACAGCAUGUGCAAGCUACCUUAGUACACGAUGCUUAUGGCAAAUAGGCCAAGAGAAAAACGAUGAACUCAUAAAGGUCAUCAUCCAAAGGGAUUUUCUUGUAGAUGAUUUGUUGACUGGAGCUGAUGAUCCAGAAACAUUGAUUUAUAUACAAAAGGCUGUUUCAUGUGCUUUAAAGUCAGGGUGUUUUAAUUUACGAAAAUAUAAAACUAAUUUUCCGUCAAUUUUUACAAAAUUUGAAAUAAACAAACAAGAUAAUUUAAUAUUGAGUGAAUCCUCUAGUACUUUGGGUUUAGGUUGGACUCCUUCUACUGACACUUUUCAUAUACCAGUAAAAGAAAGUAUAUAUAUAACUGGACCACCAAUCACAAAACGAUUUAUUAUGUCAAAUGCUUUUAAAAUAUUUGACCCGUUAGGACUAUUAAGUCCAGUUAUUAUUACGUAUGCGUGGGCAAACUCUUCAACCUAAAAUGGGAAAUCUUCCAGAACAGCGGAUUGCCCCAGAUUACCCUUUUUUAGCUGUAGGAGUUGACUACGCAGGUCCAUUUCUUAUAUUGAAUCGCAAAGGACGAGGAAGCCGCUUAAUUAAAUGUUAUUUGUGUAUAUUUAUUUGCUUGCGUUUCAAAUGUAUACAUUUAGAAGCUGUUAGUGACUUAACUAAAGAAGCAUAUAUAAUGGCACUUCGUCGUUUCAUUGCUCGUCGAGGACGACCAACGGAAAUAUUUUCUGAUAACGGUACCAAUUUUGUAGCUGCAGCGCGAGAAUUAGGUUCAUUUAUCAAACAAAAUAAAGAUUCUCUAUUUGACUUUGCAAGUCAACAAUCAAUUAAAUUUCAUUUCAUUCCGGCAUAUACUCCUCAUUUCGGUGGUAUUUGGGAAAGUGGGGUAAAAUCUGCUAAGCACCAUAUACGGCGUGUUAUGGGAAACUGUCAUCUUACUUUUGAGGAAAUAUCAACUUUAUUUGCACAAGUAGAAGCAAUCCUAAACAGCCGUCCCUUGUGUCCCUUGUCAUCUUCUCCCGAUGACCUUCUUACCCUUUCCCCAGGACACUUUCUUAUUGGUCGACCAUUAACUUCACUGCCUUCUAAAGGUCUUGAUGAAUUCAAAUUUAGUCACUUACAAAGGUACCAGAGAAUUGAGCAAUUAAGACAGCACUUUUGGAGACGAUGGCAAAAGGAGUAUGUGGUGGAAUUGCAACAGCGCACUAAAUGGAGAGAGAACUCUGCCAAUCUUAAUAUUGGGGACCUAGUGCUGAUAGCCGAGGACAAUACUGCCCCUCUCUGCUGGAAGUUGGGUCGAGUGCAGCGGCUGAUAAAUGGCUUAGAUGGAGUGGCCAGAGUGGCAGAAAUUAAAACCAGCAGCGGCUGCAUUACACGUUCGUUGGUCCGGCUGUGCAAGUUGCCGGUACAAGAAGAUUAAAUGAAGAAUGUUGAAAGAGUUUCAACGGCCGGGAGUAUGUUGCGACAUUGCGCAAUGUUUAUAUCAGGCGCAUUCUUUCAUUAUAAUAAUUGUAAGGUGGGGCGACGUGCGCCAUCACUUCUCUUUGUACUCGACUAGCGAAAGGUCAUAUUAAACAAGUUUGUACAAGAAGUC